CGAACUGUGUCUUUCCAAAUCCUUGUUUCAAUAAAUUCUGGUGUUUCUCUGCGAAAUUCCACUGAUUUUGUUCCUCGUGAAUUAGAUUAGGAUCAUAAAAUUGGCAUAUCUAGCAGCUACUGCUGAAAACUGAAAUCCCUCACUCACUAAGGUGUCGGGUUUUGGAAUUGAUUUUCAUCAUUUGUGUUUGAUCGAUCAAUUGAUUAGGUUUCUGUGUCGGCGUGAUAUGAGUUAUAAUGCUGCCGAUGAGGAGGAUUACGUGAAAUUGGAGGCGGAAACGUCGACGUCUGGCUGUUGCGACGGCGGAGAUGAUGGUGGAGGGUGGUUGUGGUCUUUGUGGUGGUGGGCGAAACUGGUGCUUGUGGUGUUGUUUGUUGCCGUUUUGGGCGCGGUUUUCUUCAAAUGGAUCGGGCCAUUUUUCAUGGACAAGGAAAUUAUCCCGGUGAUAAAUUGGGAGCAGAGAACUUUCAGCACAGCUAUUCUAGGACUCAUAGUGUUUGCUUCUCUGGCAAUAUUCCCAGUAUUUCUUAUACCUUCUACACCAUCCAUGUGGGUUGCUGGGAUGACUUUUGGUUACGGUUAUGGUUUUCUGAUGAUCAUUGGUGGAGUUUUGAUUGGCAGUUCUAUUCCUUAUUUCAUCGGUUCAUUGUUCUACCAUAGAAUCCAUGUAUGGUUAGAAAGGCACCCAAAGCGAGCUUCUAUCAUAAGACUAGCUGGUGAGGGGAACUGGUUUAGUCAGUUUCGAGCUGUUUCUUUGAUUAGGAUUUCUCCAUUCCCGUAUGUCAUAUAUAACUACUGCGCUGUGGCUACGGAUGUGAAAUAUGUUCCUUAUUUGCUGGGGACUGUGGCAGGAAUGGUGCCAGAAAUAUUUGUUGCACUUUACACAGGGAUCCUGAUUAAAACAUUAGCUAAUGCUUCAAAAGAUGGGAAGUCCCUGUCAGUUUCCCAGAUUGUGAUGAGCGUGGCUGGGUUUUGCGUCAGUGUGAGCGCGACUGUAGUUGUGACGUGGUAUGCAAAGAGGCGACUGAAGGAGCUACAGAUGCGAGAGGAGCUUUUGUUGCACUGAA